AAGCUUUAGCAAUGUCUUAAAAACUUUAACAUAUAUCAAUAAAAUAAUAGCAUUUUUAGAUAUAAGGUUUUUCUCCAGUUGUCAUCACCUCUGACACGCUGUAACCUAGCAACCCCGAGCAUAACCAAUAUGUUCAUUUCCAGUGGACAAAGCUUUGCGGGUUGAAAGGGGGCGGGAUAAAGAGGCAGUGGUGACUGGGAAAAGCAUACCCUUUCUCGCUCACAUUUUGAUACUAGUUUAGGCUAAUAAGCGGUAACCAUGGGGAAAUGGCUACUCAUUACUAGCGAGUUUUAUUUAUCACCUAAUGAAUGAGUCAGUUUUUGAUAAUGGCAUCUAAUGCUCUUUUCUGUGUUGUGUGUUGGACUUUGAACUGUUAAUUUUGUUAAUGUGCCCGUACUAGUCAGCGCUGGUACAGUAUGCAUCACAUCUGAUAUAAUGGACUGUGUAACGUUGGGUAGAGAAUCUAGUGUCCAGCAGCCAACCUGUGACUCUGAGGAGGAUGCCAUGGAUGCAGGGAUGCACAGUUUCAACCACACCCAUAUGAGAAGGGCAUUUCAGCUAAUGAAUGACUUGAGGAGUAAGAAAAUCUUGUGUGACGUUCUGUUGGUGGCAGGAAAUAUAGAGGUGCCAGCUCACAAGUUGGUGCUAGCGUCCUGCAGCCCCUACUUCUGUGCCAUGUUUACAGGGGACAUGAGUGAGAGCAAAGCCCAGCAGGUGGAGAUCAGGGAUGUGGAUGGCCAGACACUAAGGAAACUGGUGGACUAUAUCUAUACUGCUGAGAUUGAAGUAACAGAGGAGAAUGUUCAGGUUCUCCUGCCUGCAGCAAGCCUCCUACAGCUGAUGGACGUGCGGCAGGUGUGCUGUGAAUUCCUGCAGAGCCAGCUUCACCCCACUAAUUGUCUGGGAAUCCGAGCUUUCGCCGACCUCCACACCUGCACACAGCUAUUCAGCCAGGCACAUGGUUACGCUGAGCAGCAUUUCUCAGAGGUGAUGCUGGGAGAGGAGUUCAUGGGCCUGUCCCUGCAGCAGGUGUGCAGUCUCAUCUCCAGUGACAAACUCACUGUGUCCACAGAGGAGAAGGUGUUUGAGGCAAUGGUUGCGUGGAUUAAACACGACAAGGAAGCCCGUCUGGAGCACAUGCCAAAGUUGAUGGAACAUGUUCGUCUGCCACUGCUUUCUAGAGACUAUCUGGUUCAGAUUGUGGAGGAGGAAGCCUUGAUCAAGAACAACAACACAUGCAAGGACUUCCUGAUCGAGGCCAUGAAGUACCACCUCCUUCCUGCUGACCAGCGACACCUCAUCAAGACGGAUCGCACACGACCACGCACGCCUAUCAGCCUCCCCAAGGUGAUGAUUGUGGUGGGUGGUCAGGCCCCCAAGGCCAUCCGCAGUGUGGAGUGCUACGACUUCCAGGAGGACCGCUGGUACCAGGUGGCCGACCUGCCGUCCCGACGCUGUCGUGCAGGUGUGGUGUUCAUGGCAGGGCGGGUGUACGCAGUGGGAGGCUUCAACGGCUCGCUGCGAGUCAGGACGGUGGAUGUUUACGAUGGGGGGAGGGACCAGUGGACUACAGUACCCAGCAUGCAAGAGCGACGGAGCACCCUGGGGGCGGCCGUGCUGGGGGACUUGCUGUAUGCCGUGGGGGGCUUCGACGGGAGCACAGGUCUGUCAUCAGUAGAGGCCUACAGCUACAAGACCAACGAGUGGACAUUUGUUGCUCCCAUGAACACCAGACGAAGCAGUGUUGGAGUGGGAGUAGUGGACGGGAAGCUGUAUGCGGUGGGUGGCUACGAUGGAGCGUCACGGCAAUGUCUUAGCACUGUGGAGGAGUACAAUCCUGUCAGUAAUCAGUGGGGCUACGUGGCUGACAUGAGUACCAGGCGGAGCGGAGCAGGUGUUGGAGUGCUGAGUGGGCAGCUGUAUGCGGCAGGGGGUCAUGAUGGGCCCCUGGUGAGAAAGAGUGUGGAGGUCUACGAUCCACCUAGUAACACCUGGAGACAGGUGUGUGACAUGAACAUGUGUCGGAGAAACGCUGGGGUGUGUGCCAUAAAUGGUCUGCUGUACGUGAUCGGAGGAGACGACGGCUCAUGUAAUCUCUCCUCAGUGGAGUAUUACAACCCUGCCACAGACAAGUGGAGCCUCAUCCCCACCAACAUGAGCAACGGCCGAAGCUAUGCAGGUGUGUCCGUCAUAGACAAGCCUUUAUGACGGCCAGCCCCCGAUGGCAGCAGGACGCCACAGGCAGCAGCCAAAGGGAGCCACUCUGAGUCACACACAGAGGUGUGACUUUUCCUGUCAUAGAGUAACACUAGCCUGGUGGGUGGCUCUGAGCAUGGGCCUGGACUACCAUAGAGAGCGAGAGAGGCACUGGCUUCACCAGUCCAAAUGACCCCCAAGACUUCAACAAAGCUGCCUGGAGUGUUUCACGACUGGCUGCCAAAGUGCUCCGCCAAGCCGGGCCGGAGGAGGCCCUUGUCCUACAGCCUCACUGGGCCGUUGAGCUCCAUUAGUAUUAGGUGGGACACACUUUCCUCACUCCUGUACAACUGAACGGAGGUUACAAAUGAAGGGACUGACUGAAUGAGCUUUGACCAAGAAGAAGACUGCGGCUUGGCUUGGGAAUGGAGACUGCGCUUGGGGAUUUAGUGGUGUGUGACUGCGCCGACUCUUUGUGCCAAUACUCUUAAAGCCACCAUGGGCUCCAGCUGUGCCGUGUCAUGCUACUGAUGUAGAUAUGCACUGAUGAUCAGGUCUGUCUUUCUGUGUCUGUUCUCUGUUGGAGACCUAUGGACUGCAUGACUAUGACUGGGAUUCUUGCUCUACCAGGAACCAUAGGCUCCCACACUGUUCUAAGCAUGUGUAGGGCCUUUCCUGUAAUACCACCCCAAAAUCUGGCCUCAACUUAAGAGGCAGACAGGACGAGUAACUUGGACCAAGAUUUAGCUGGACUCAUCUGCCUCAUUUAUACACUUUCAAAUUUUGAGUCUGUGAUGGAUUUUUCCCCCUCCUACUGGGACUGGCUGCAGCUUGGCAUUUUAAACACUGUAAAUACAACUGCAAAGUCCUAACAAAUACCUGUGCACUCCUACAGUAUCUGGGUGUCUCUAAACCUUCUCUCUGAAGAUGUGCCAAAUUCAUGCAAAAACAUUAGUCGCCCCACAAAAGGGAAACUCAGUAACUACUUUGAAAUGACCGGAUAAUUUAUCUGAUGAAUGUAGUCUUUUGUUUCCUCAGGCAUCGUGGAUUAAAAUGUUUUAUCAGAUUAAGCAAACAUUAUUUUUCAUGUAGUUACUGAAUUUUGACCUGGUAGAGCAAAAUGGACAUCAUCCUAAGGAGUGAAUGCAUUAGCACUUUUUGCAUUUAGUAUAAAACUAAUUUCCAGUAAACUGACCAAAACACUACUUAACUUCUGUAUCAGGCAUGAAAAUUCUGUCUGACAUCAUUCAGAUCAUAGAACAUUUUACCAGGAUUGGGUACAAUUCCAUUAACUCUCAAUUCUGUAAGCAGAUUGACGUUCUAUUCAUUUGAUUUAAAACAAUCUUUGAAAAGAAAUGUAUGGUACUUUUUAAUUUCUAAUUUCACUGAAUUGCUUUCUUUGAAAUGGAACUGACCCUAACUGUCUUUUUCUUGCAUCGCUUAAUACUGUAAUUGUGUUUACAGAGAUUCUAGUAGUCCGAUAAUUAUAUUUCCUGCACAGUCUGUAGAUUUACUAUGGUUGAACACCCAAGAGGGAUGUUGAAGUACUCUAUGCCAGACAUAGCAACUUGUAUAAUGUUAAGCAUAUUGAAUAUAAUAUCAAGGUCAGUGAAAUAUUUUCUUAUGUUUCUUCUAUUGUUCUAUUAAAUUAUAGGAAAUUGCAUUUUUAUGAGCAUUGCUGUGUGUACCGCCUUUAGAGCAUAGUUCCUCUUAUGUUCAAGGAGUGGUUCUAUUUAAAUACAUGGUUAUGGUGAUUCCAUUGAUCCAUAUCAUUUAAAAAACAACUUCCUCAUCGUAACAUAAAAUGAAGGUCACCUCUGAAUCUUUACACAUUCCACGCCAAUGCAACUAAUGUGUUUUUAUUAACUUGGACUAUGCAGCUGAUUGAGUCAGCAUUGUAAAAUGUCGUUAGGAGGGUGAAUUCUUAAUUGCGUGUGUGGCAACGCAUGCAAAGUUAUAAUGCCCAUUUUUACUGUCUAUCUACAGCACAUCUGACAAUCCUAGCCCUACGCUCUCCUUAACCUCUCACAGGCGAAUCACAGGGUCUGUCUCGUGAGGUGCAGACAGGUUAAAGGUCAGAGCGGGAUCACUUUGACCUGCACUAGGGGUGUCCAAAACCCAGCACGGACUGCAUCCAUUCCACCUGACUACACAACAGUUCAGCUGCUAGGCUCAUUAACUGGCAUAAAUAACCUAGAAUUUACUUGGGAAGUGUGGCCUUAAUUGUCUAAAGCCGUUUUAUAUCUUGUUCUAACAUUCGUCCGUUGUCCAUUUUAGACCACAUUUUUAGACGGGUUCAAUUCCAGUUUAUACCUAUUUCUAACAUGCGUUCUUUGUCUGUGUUCUGAUUUUGCAAACAUCUUUAGAUUUAGACGAUUACAUGAUGCAUUGUGAUCUGAUAGUCCUCAGAUUAUUUUUGAAUGUAUCAACAUCAGGUCAAGACCAGGAUGAAAGACACAUGUUAAAAGCAGAUCAAAAUGUGGCUGUUGGUGAUUUGAAUUAUUUAUUGGGAUUUAAAAAAAGAAAAACAAGAUCAGGAGGACAGAAGCAUGUUAGAGACACGUAUGAACUGUGAAUAAGUCUUCUGAACAUUAACACACACAGGAUCUCAUGACUCAAUAGGGACUGUGUGCAUUGCUGAUGUUAAUUUUGUAUAAUUUA